AGAGGAGGGCAGCCGCCGCCGCCGCCGCCGCCGCUUUAAAGCCUCCCGGCGCGGCGCCGCGCAGCACCCGCGCUCCCCGGCCGAGCGCGGCGAAGCGCGGAGCCGGGCAGCGGCGAGAGCUGCGCCGGCCCCGGCGCGGCGCCUCCGCCGCUGCCUCUCGCCCAGGGGCACCCGCGGCCAUGCGAGGCGGCCGCCCCCGCGGCCGCCCGGCUCGGCGCUGCCCACCGCGGCUGCCCGCCGCCCCGCGCUGAGCCCGGCCGCCGCCGCCCCGCGGCACCAUGUCCCGACGCAAGAUCUCCUCGGAGUCCUUCAGCUCGCUGGGCUCGGACUGCCCGGAGACCAGCCCCGAGGAGGAGGGCGAGUGUCCCUUGUCCCGCCUCUGCUGGAACGGCAGCCGCAGCCCCCCCGGCCCCGCCGACACCCCCUUCGCCGCCGCCGCCGCCGCUGCCGCCGCGGCCAGCUCCGGGGCGCGCCGCGCUCCGCGGCGCCGGCGGGUCAACCUGGACUCGCUGGGCGAGAGCAUCCGCCGCCUGACCGCCCCCGCGCCUCAGACCAUUCGGCAAACUCUUCAACGGACACUGCAGUAUUUUGAGCAUCAAGUUAUUGGUUACAGGGAUGCAGAGAACUUUCAUAAUAUAUCAAACAGAUGCUCCUAUACAGACUGCUCUGGCAAUGAAGAAACUGAAGAUGUCUCAGGAAUUCUCCAGUGUACAGCUAAUGUACUUGGUUUGAAGUUUGAGGAAAUGCAAGAAAAGUUUGGUGAGGAAUUCUUCAAUAUCUGCUUUGAUGAGAAUGAAAGAGUUCUUCGAGCUGUAGGUGGGACCCUUCAAGACUUCUUCAAUGGCUUUGAUGCUUUGCUGGAGCACAUUAGAACUUCAUUUGGAAGACAGGCCACCCUGGAAUCCCCUUCUUUCCUAUGCAACGAGCUCCCUGAAGGCAAUCUCAUGCUUCAUUAUUUUCACCCACAUCAGAUUGUGGGAUUUGCAAUGAUGGGAAUGAUAAAGGCAGCAGCAAAGAAGAUCUACCGUUUGGAAGUGGAAGUAGAACAGGUCGCUAAUGAUAAGUUGUGUUCAGAGGGGACAAACCCAAGUAACUGCAGCUGUCUGACUUUCCUUAUCAAAGAACAUGAAAAUGCAAAUAUCACAAAAGCACUUCCACCAGGAACUUCCCAGUCCCCCUUAGACCUGAGGAUUAGCAUCAGCACCUUCUGCAGAGCUUUCCCCUUUCACCUGAUGUUUGAUCCAAACAUGCUAGUUCUCCAGCUUGGAGAAGGUCUUAGGAAGCAGCUCAGAUGUGACACUCAUAAAACUCUGAAAUUCCAAGACUGCUUUGACAUAGUUUCUCCUAAGAUCAGUGCCACAUUUGAACGAGUUCUCCUGAGAUUAUCUACUCCCUUUGUAAUUCGGACCAAACUUGAGGAUUCUGGCUCUGAAAAUAAAGAUAAGGUGAUGGAAAUUAAAGGACAAAUGAUUCAUGUGCCAGAAUCAAAUUCAAUUUUGUUUCUGGGUUCCCCCUGUGUGGACAAGCUGGAUGAACUGAUGGGCCGAGGCCUCCAUCUUUCAGACAUACCUAUUCAUGACGCUACUCGUGAUGUCAUACUGGUUGGGGAGCAGGCAAAGGCCCAGGAUGGCUUGAAGAAACGAAUGGAUAAGCUGAAGGCAACACUAGAAUGCACUCACCAAGCCCUGGAAGAGGAGAAAAAGAAAACAGUAGAUCUCCUUAUUUCUAUUUUCCCUGAAGAAGUGGCUCAGCAGUUGUGGCAGGGGCAGCAGGUUCAGGCCAGGAAGUUUGAUGAUGUCACCAUGCUCUUCUCGGACAUUGUUGGAUUCACUGCCAUCUGUGCGCAGUGCACACCCAUGCAGGUCAUCAGCAUGCUGAAUGAACUCUACACGCGGUUUGACCAUCAGUGUGGAUUCCUGGACAUCUACAAGGUGGAAACAAUAGGUGAUGCAUACUGUGUUGCAGCAGGGCUCCAUAAGAAAAGCCUUAGUCAUGCUAAAGCCAUUGCCCUGAUGGCACUGAAGAUGAUGGAGCUUUCAGAAGAGGUUCUCACUCCAGAUGGGAGCCCUAUCAAGAUGAGGAUAGGCAUUCACUCAGGAUCGGUGCUGGCUGGCGUCGUUGGUGUAAGAAUGCCACGUUAUUGUCUCUUCGGGAACAAUGUCACCCUUGCAAGCAAGUUCGAGUCAGGAAGUCACCCACGCCGCAUCAAUGUCAGUCCAACCACAUACCAGCUGUUGAAAAAGGAAGAACAUUUUAUUUUUAUCCCUCGUUCCCGUGAAGAGCUUCCAGAAAACUUUCCAAAGGAAAUUCCUGGGAUCUGUUACUUCCUCGAGGUCAGAAGUGGUCAGAAGCCACCAAAACCCUCCAUCACAUCUGCCAGAGUGAGAAAGGUUUCUUAUAACAUUGGCACCAUGUUCCUCCGGGAGACUAGCCUAUGAGGCCUGCUGCAGAUCAAAGACUUGUCAAAAAAGCACAAGCCCAGAACUGGGUCAUGACAGGGGAGUUGGAGGUUCUUUCUAUUUUGCUGCUUUGUUCUGAACAAGCAGUAAAAGCUCCGUGUAAUGUCAGGCAAUAAUCAUUUUUAAAGAUGGGUGACUGGUGUCAGUAAACAAAGUGGAGAUAGGGAAAAAAAAAAUUAAACAAUGUACUUCCACUUCCAGAGGAAUUUCUUUCAUAAACUUCAGUCUGGCCCCUCUAUGGCAAACAAAAAAAAAAAAAUCCCAACUCUCAAAUUAGAGGUUGGUAUUGUUUUGUGCAGAAAGGAUGAUGGUUCUCUGUAGAUUUGCACCAGCUAAGCAGAAUUGAGAGUCAGUUCUGAUUAUGCAUUCCUACAUUUAAUGUGUUCUUCAGUAAGGUAAUGAUGUUUUUUAACUUUAUGAAAAAAACAUUUCAUACAUAUACUGUAGACCUGUUGUAACCUUCCUGGCAGGAGGAAUUAUAAUUCAAUACAAAUAUUGUAGGAAUUUUACCUAUUUUUAUACAUAUUUCACUUUCUGGAUAAUUACAUUCCACAUACUGUAAGCUGAGUGAGCUUAGAUAGCUUUUCAGAAGAAGCUACUGUAUAUUUCAUACAUUCUACCUAUCAGACCUUAUUGUUAUACAAGUGGGAAAAAGUCAUUUUUUGACUUUUUUGGCAACAAAAAUAUUGAUAUUUUACAGUAAGAAACACUUUGGUAAAUCUCUUUACCUGAUGUUUAUGCUAAAGCUUUAGAUGAGCAUUGACUUGCUUAUAUAAAAUAAUGUUCAGUAUUUGUCCUACAGUGCUGUAUGUCCAGUCCUUCCAGGACAAUGCAGACAAAGUUUAGAAUGUAUUGGCAAACAGAGAAGUUCUGUUCAGUGGGGCUUGCUUCCCACAAAAUUAUCAUCCAAAGUGAUUUUUGGUAGAAGUCCUGGGCGUUUUUAAAAAAUUUGAUCUUGUCAAAAUGUAUUCUGAGGAACUCCAGCAGGUGCUGGAAGCUCUCUGGAGAGUGGUUUUCCACAUAUUUUUAAUAGGACUUGUGCUCCUACUCCAGUUCUAUUAUUGAAAAUCCUAUCUGCUAUUAAUGAUUAUUCAUCUGGAAAUUUCCUCUAUUGCUGGAUUGGUUGAAAGGUCCCCUGCUUUAUCUAAUGUAGAUGAAAAAAACACUGAAAAGGGAAAGACAAUACUUUCCCAGGUUUAAUGCAAAUGGAAGCUCAAGAUCUGGAUGAGCACAUGUCAUUUUUUUUUUUUUAAAAAAAAAGGCUAAUUCUUAGCUGUUGAAAAUUAUUAUAUCUUCAUUGUCUUCGAUGAAUCCAAUUGAAACAAGAUGGUUAUCUGUCCCCUAAUAAGCACAUUUUGGGGCAUUGUUUAUUUCUCAGGUUUUCCUUUUCAAAAAUAAUGGCAGUCAGUUUACCUCUGCAGGUGUACCUCUGUUAGGGUGGUACUGAAGCAGGCUGAUGUUCUGCUGUUGCAGAUUGUUAGUUAACACUUGUGCAGUGAUUCCAGAGUGGCUUAGCUGUGUGUGGGCCUGAUCAAGGCUCACUGAAAUCAAAGAUAAGACUCUCAACAGUGCUAGAAAGCAUGAGAAGCUCUGUAUUUCUGUAAUCCAGACCAGAAAUUAGAGUUUACUUAUGGGUUUAGUAGUCAUAAAUUGAGGUGGCUUUUUGAAAAUAAGUAAAUAACUUUCACCGCAUGGAAGGAAUGACAGUGCUGUAUUUCUUCCCUUUGAUCAGUAGCUCAUGUUAGAGUGGGAACAAGUCAGCAUGGCAGCACUAGGCCGUGCUGAACAUGUUUCAGGCUUCCUUUCCAUGAAGCCUUUCUGGGUGAGAAAGGACUAUCUUGAACCUAUACAGAAUUUAGAGGACAUCUGAACUUACUAUGCAGGGGUGUUUUUCUUCUUGCUUGAAGAGGAUAGAUGCAUGGGAAUUAGCCCAGAAACUUACUUAAAUGGAAAUUCCCUCACUUUCUAGAGGAACACUGAUGUUAUUCUUCCAUUGAUAUUAGAGCAUCCUUGGGAUUGGAGGAGUUAAUCUUUUAUCUACCCUGAUAAACAGCAUCUGCAGCUCUAUGGCCUAUCUGAAAAAUGACUUAAAAAACUUGAAGUUAAGAAUUUCCAUCCAGACUACAGAUCUGAGAUUUUUUUGCAUAGGACAACAAGGUUUAGCCUAUAGCCAUUAGUUUGCACAUAUACAGGAUGUAGCAUGCUUUUUUUUUCCCUGGGAACACCAGCGAGACAUGCAAGGAUCAUAGAAGAACAAAGUUCAUGUUUCACCACUGAAGAGGAACACCACGUCCUAGCUAACAAAGCUUGGUUUUGAUGUCAUUACCUAGUUUCCUAGAGUGAAAAUUUUUCAGAUAACUAUCAAUAGGUUAAGAAUUCAUUCUGACUUCACUGGCACAUCCUCAUUGUUCAGUAGAUGCUGAUGUCAGAGUACAAAUCUCUCUAGCCAAACUCUUUUCUCACCACCCAUAGUCCUGUGUAAAGAGAACAAUUGUAGAGGUUCAGACCAAGAGCUUGUAACUCAAUAACUUCUCUCUCACCGUUGUUGAUAGGGAAUGUCUAAAUUAAUUCUGUGGCUGAUCUUCGUAGAUCUCUGGUAGUAUUUUCAUGAGAAAUGAUGGAUAAAUGAUAAUUCUACUAGCAAAUUGGAGAAGCAAUCUAAAAAAAUUUGUAUUACCAUCCUCAUCUUCUCAGAGACUGUUUAUUCUAUAAGGAAAUUUAUAAUUGUAGAGAUCAGUGCAAAACCUGAAAAAUAGUGUCGGCAUCACCAUGGAGACAAUGACAAUGUUUGCAAAUAAAUCAUCUAGCUCCCCAAAUUAGAAUAGAUUUACUGGAUAAGAAUGUAUAGUCUUUGCUUUUUAUAAGCUUACGUAAAGGUAACACAUCCAGAACUUCAGCACUGAUGCAAAGUAUUGUGUUAUUGGUUUCUGUGUUAUGACAAGGGAAGUUAAUAAAAAAAGUGUAGGGACAUUUUUCUGUCUCAGUGUGAGGAAAAUGUAAAAUGAAAUCUCAGCACUCUUUAACUUAGUAGUUGCAUCUGUGGCCUUCAGUAUUAGGUUGCAAGUCUGUUAUGUUGGACACCUUUGUGACGUGAAAUGAAAAUUAUUAUCAAGGUUGAUGCUCUGAAGUCAAUUAGAUGGUAGCCAGACUCAACAUUUCCUUAACUCUUUUAGUAAUAGGGAAAAUGGUCUUAUUUGCCUGGCAUUGUCUUCAUAAAUGAAAAGGUUCUCAAGAGUUUUUAUACCUUGGGAUGAUAAGGUGACAAAGUGGAUACAGAAAUCACAUACUAUAGAUGGAAUUUUCUUCUAAUAUUUUCCUUCUUAUAAAACAGAUGAACUUUUGUUCCUCUGAUUAAGAAUUUACAUGCCUGUGUUUCUUCACAUAGCUGCAAGUAGCAACAUCUGCUGUCUUUGAGUUUCUGUACAAAACAAAUCCGUCCUCUCUGAAGAUAGAGGGAGGAGAUCUACUGUAUAUUGCCUGUACAAGGCAGAGGAAGGAUGAUGGGAAGACCAUACCUGGAGUCAUUGGUUUCUCUGAUGCUUACUUGUUCCAUGCAGCUUCCCUCUACUCCAUUGUCAGAGGGACCAGAGACCAUGGACUGACCACAGAGGUGGACCCAGUGGCCAACUACUUGUACAAAAGUCAUGAAGCCUAAGUAAACAAAGGCAACAGUCAUUCCCCCCAGAGUGCUUUUUACAACUCUUGUGUCAGAUUUUUCUAUCUGUUUGAAGGUCCCCAUCACACAGACUCCUCUGUGAUGCAGUGCAUAGAGAUCAGGAACUCAGAGAAGGAAGGAAAUGGUGAUGGAAGUGGUAGAAUGGUGGACAAAUUUUGUUCUGCAUCACUCUGAUAAUAUCUUCCAUUCAAAGACAAAAGCCUUUGCAUGGGAGAAUUGCUUCUAACCCAGGGCUCUCAAAGUGUGGGUUUUUGCAAGGUCCCACAGGAUAUUUCUUUUCCAAUUCCAAAGAGCCAAUAGCCAUUAACUGGUUGUGGUUUUGGCUUCACUGCGCAUUCCCACAUCCAGUUUCAGAUCUGAGUCUGUUUGGAAAGACGUUUUGGAGCCUGGAAACAUGCCUGUACAAACAGAAAACCAAAGCUUUUGAAACCUUGGAAAUCUUGUAUGGGAAUUGCCUAUUCCGAGAACUAAAUCCUUGUAGUUGAGCCAUUAGCAGGUCCUACUUCAGUUCAUGUGUGUUCAUAUGCCAUUUCACAAUGCUAUCUCCUCCUGUGCCUACGGUGUUCCCUACCAAGCCCAACAGCAGUAUCAUGUAUAUAACCACUUUUUAUAUGUUUUCUAUUAACAUCCCUUUUUCAUUUUUUUCUGUAUAAAGCAAGCAGUGCAGAACCAUAACAUGUUGCAUGCAUUUAGAAGUAUCAACACUGCACCGAGGCUUAAACUCUGCUAACUAAUUUCACAUUGUGCAUUUCUUCCUAUGAAUAGAUCCUUCUCCCAGAUGAUUUAAAAAUUAAUGGGGGAAAAAAAAAACCCCAAAACCCAAAAACAACCAAACACCCCAAACUGCUGUGUUGAAUUGCAAAUGAGUAUGAAACCUGCAUCAGUUGUCGGGGCAAGUUUAACUGCUGGACAGCUUUCAGAUUCUUCGGCUGCCGUAAGCUGUCACACUUGCAUGCUUUAUGCAAACUGUCCUGCCAAGAAGUCUGCAAUCCUACAGCAAGCAGCAUAGCAAAUUUAUGUAAUUUUUUGGGGUUUCCUCUUUCAGUCUCUGGCCACUACCUCACCUCUGCUGAGUUCUUAGAGCUCACUGAGGAGAGCUAAUUCCCUGUCCUAGUGCAGUCUCAGAGCUUCUGCCUUCAUUUUUGGGUUCUGGUGAUCUUUUCCAAAAUUAUGUAUGUGUAAUAUCAGAAACAGCAACAUGCUUAAAUUAGCAACAAAACAAGAAGCAUAAAAAGGCUUGUCAAACUCAGAAAUGGUUCGUUCCCUUCCUUCAAGGUAUUACACUAUUCGUAGCACUUUACUGGCAUUGGGGGUGCCAGUGACAGUAGAGGCUGUGGAUGAACUGAAGAUGCUGAGUGUGCAGGAGACACAACAGACAGGAGUUGAUCAGUUCCUGCUACUGUUCAUAAUUCCAUCACCUUGCAUUUAUUUCCUGCUCUUGGUCAGGCUUCUGCUUUUCAAAUGACCUUCACUUUUCUUCCCAUAGCAUCCUGUAUGUGACACAGAUAGUGAAUAAUUCCAAUAAUACUGUUCAUAUGAGCACCUGUUGUUGACAUGGCUUUUACAAGAGUAACUGGGAUUAAAAAAAGGGCUGAUCUUACUCUUCUUUGCAGUAAAGACAAAACUGCUACAGUGACAUGGCAGGCACUCACAUCCUUAGAAAAGAAGGAGACUGCAGUGCAAGUUCUAAUUGGUGGAUUUGGGUAGAGAAGUCAGUACAUUAAUAGUCCAUGGCAUGUUUUUAACUUUCCCAAGCAUUAAAUUUAUCAGUGCAGCUAGGAGUUACUCCUUAACAAUGUUAUUAAUUUGCAAUGCAUGAGCAGCCAUACAACAAAAAUCUGUAAACUGUUUAACCUCAUAUACAUGAUUGAUCUUUUAUGUCUUGGCUAUUAAUCAUGCAUGAAAGCAAGCAAAAGAGUGAAACUGGGGAGCAUAACAGUUCAGUCACAGGCAAUAGAUCAUUCACCUCUGCAGAUGCUUACUUGUUCCUCUGGUUUAGAAAGGUUGACCUCCAGUUAUCUGUGGUCCAGGUUAGUAUCACUGUGUCACUAUAGCAACAAAAUGGCCUCUGAAAAACAGCAUGAGGCAUCUCAGUCUCCGUCCCUGUGGGCUGCGGUUCACAUUAGAGAGGCCAAUACAUUGAGUGAUGCAAAGUGGCACCUUUGCUGGCAGCCUUAACAAAAGGGUAAGUGGAGGCAGAUGUUAAACCAGCUGUUUGCUCCUGGGAUUUAAUUUCUAAAGGCAGAGUGAGGCUGAACAUAUUUUAUUUUGGGCAAAAAAAAGAAGACGCAGGAUUUCAGAAAACUAAGUGUCUUCCCUGCUUUGUGGCUUUUCCCUGCCUUAUGGCUAACAGGGAGACAACAGAGUGAAAGGGCGUCAAGAGGGACACUGCCUCUGCUGCAGCAGUGCUCACUUCUGCCUUCAGCUCUCUGGCGCACUUUGGCUUUAGCAUUCCAAGAAUCAAGUUUCCUCUGAAGACUGGGGGGCAAGUAAGUGCUUCAGGCACUUGUCCCCUCUGCUGUAGACACAGCAUGAGGCUGCCUAAAUUCCCGAGUGUUUUCCUCAGUGACCUUUUCUCAGUGACCACAGAUGGCAAACUUAGACUAGACAUCUACUUUUAAGAUGACCAAGAUAAGUGAGAUUGAUCCCACUGAAUUAAGCUCUUCCCAGCCCAAGUGUUGUGUCUCAAAUCUUGUAGUCUUGCUACUUUUCAGAGUUUUGCAUUGGCCAAAAUAAAUUGGAUCCAACUAAGUUGCACAGGGAUAGACAAGCACAUUUCACAAUAAAUAAAGGUUUGGUACAGUAGCCAUGGUGACUGUCAAGAAUGGGCACUACUGUAGUUCUGGAAAUCUCUUCCUUCUGAUGUCUGAACCCUUUACAUAUGGUAACAGCACUGCCAAUCACAACUCCUGGAUGCCGUUAGGACUGUGAUUUAGAACAGAUUUUGAGCUUUGAGGUCCUAGAACAAUUAUGCAAAACCUUUGUGCCACCUUCACCUGAACUAUAUGCCAGAAUGCCUACAUAAGCCUUUGUUAGUUAUCCUGUAGUAAAGAUGGUAAGAAAAUACAUAAAUUCUAAACAGCAGAAAGAUAGUUGCCAGUUUAUCAGUAAUGUACAUUUUUAAUGUUUUGGUGAAUUUGUAGGCCCAAAAUUAACUUUCCGUUAGCAGAAGGUCUCACAUUGAACUAUUUGUUUUCUAGAUAAUUAUUCCCUAGCAGUACUCCCUAAAGACUACUCUUGAAGCAAUAAGUAAAGCCAUGCUAGUGUGUUCUGCGUAGAAUCUUGUACACCACCUGUCAUCUUAAGAAACUGCCUUUUAGCAGAACAUUAAAUGGCAAAAUAACACCCUGUCAUCUAUUGUUUGUCCUUCCAUCCUCUUCCCCAUAGGAGAAGAGUAUGCAGUGAAACAAUUUGAUUUUGUCAGGUGUUGUCUUUUUGUCAGUUUUAUAAAAAUGCAUGUUGCUGCUUACUUAAAUAUGGAAGAGCAAAACCAGAACUAGAGACCAGAAUUAGAAAAGAGUUUUAGUUGUAAACAGAGUAUUUAAAAGACUGCCCACUGAGUAAGACUAGUCUCCCAUCCUAGAACAACAGUACCAGUAACAUAUGUAAGAUAUACCCAGGAAUUAUAAAUAUGAGCAAUAAAACAGGCAGGUAUAUAUAAUGCAUAAUUUCUGCUUUAUACACAACAGUGAAUAGGUGCUAAAAUGGAUUAAUACCCAGAGGUGAGGAAUACUGUUUAAUCCAUUUCAGCAUUUCUUUAUUACCAGUAUACCUCUAAGGUAUUAUAUUUUCUUUCCCUAAUGAAACUGGAACAUACAGUUAAAUCAGUAUCAGAGUUUAUGAACUUAUUGCAGAAGAACAUGGCUAGGAAAAAAUAACUAUCAAGGAGAGUUUUUUUUAUAAAGUGAGCCAUUGCUUGAGGGAACAGAUCAUAUGGAAAAGAGAAAAGAGGUGCAGACAGGUAUAUUUAUUUUAAAAGUUUCUAUGACAUUUCAGAUUGUUGAAAUCAUUCUGAAACUAUGCUUAAGCUCUACAGGUUCAGGGUAUUUGGUUAUUUACAUUUACUAAGAAGGAAGAUGUAAAAUUUUCAAACUUCACAAUCCCAUUUUCUCUGCUUAAACACAACCUCUUUCUGAACAUUGAACCUGACUUUGCUGAAUGAUUCUGAGGUUCUGAAUGACUAAAUAAGUUUUGGAAAUGCAGGUUAUAAAUCCAUAUGAUUUAUGUUCCUUUGAAAUUAUGUUCAUAAUCAUGUAUGAAAGCAAAUUCUAAAUAUCCAACCGGCAGUAAAGGUGCAUUUUCCUAGAGCUAAUGUCUGCUGGAUGAUGAAAUAUGGACUUGUUUCUUAUCUGUGCAGUUUUUUACACCUUUUUUUGAGGUGGUGCUUCCAGAUGUGUUUCUGUUAGUGCAUCAAUGUCCUAUCUUCACUGGAGAUGAGGCUUGUUACCCGCCUUUACAAUAUUCUGAGGAAUCCUAAGGAAUAAAACACUGCCCAGCCAACUCCAGACAAUUUAGCUCAUCUACUGAGGUAGUGUCAAGCUGAGUCUAAGAUUUACUUUCUCAUUACACCUUUAUGUGUUUGCCAGUGUUUAAGCGUGUAAACAUUCCUCUCCAGAAACUUCUCACAGGUCCUGCAAGUGUAGAGGUAAGAGGCUAACAGAGAGAAAGCAUCUGAAGAAAGUGAAGUAUGUGUGUGAGAAAGAGCUGCUGCACAUAGACGUGCUGCUGAUUCUCAGCUUUCAUGUAUUUGGAAGCUGGGUGACCCAGAGAGUAUUCUGGGUAUGAUGCAAAAUGCAAAAAAGUGCUGUACAUAAUGUCAUAAACUCUCAAGGCAUUAGGGUGAAUUUUAAAGUCCACAGUCCUUAGAGUUUUAGUGGAAUUGCAUGAGAAGUGCACUGUUUUCAGAGGAGGAAAAGUUGCUUUGUAUUUUUAAUGAGAGUUGAAUCUCUAGUUGCAGAGAAAAAUUGUGGGGGAAAAAGAAAGUCUAGUAAUUCUAAAUGCAAAAUGCAAAGACGAAUGUCCCAUUUUUUUGUAUCAUUUGACUUUUCUGGAGGUAGGACUCAGAAUCCCUCUAUGGGUUUUGAUACUGAAUGCAAAAUUAGAUGUGAAACAGUACAAAUGAGGUACUUUGCCAACUGGUAGAAAUUUGGAGGUGACAGUAAGAAUGUCUUUCGAAAAGUGUGUAGCAAUAUGGUACUUAAAUGUUAGCACUUUAAAAAAACAGAUGCUCUUCUGCUUUGUAAAUAAAUAUUGUUUCGGGAUUCCUAAACUGAAAGAAAACUUGGAAAGCUGCUGUACCAUAGCAAAAAGAUACAAAGUCUAUGACAUAAUCUACAGUUCACACCAUUCCUUCAGAAACAGUCCUAUAUGUGGAUUUUUGAAAAGUACAUUCAACCAACAGUACUUUAUAGUUAAUUUCAAAGAGAGCAGUGUUUCACCAACCACCUUCUGCAGACAUGCCAAGCAGAUCGUGUUAGGUAAGGCCUAGACGUUAACUUAGCUGGUUUAGCAUGUAUUUGGGGAGACUUUUUGCUUCCCAAAGCAAAGCUUUAAAUGCACUUCCUAAUGUGUGUCAGCAUUGUGCCUUUUACUGAAGUCUAAACAAAGCCCAAUCCAGAUAAAGUUCCCACCCCAAUACACGCCAUUUAUACUGCCUUGCUAGAAAAUUAGUACUUCACUAAGUUGCAGUGAUUAAUGUUUUUGAUGCUGGAAUAUUGCUUAGUAUUCUUAUGUCUCACCCUGCCCAGGUUGUGCUGGGUCCCAUUAUGUCUGGAGCACCAAGGUUUUGGGGAAUUGCUGUAAGAUUGAGUGAAAUGAAGCUAACCUACAUUUAGGUAUUUAAAAAUUGUCUGGUCUGAGCUAGUCAGGUCGGCUCCCUCUACUGUCAGUGCAGACAUUCUGGCAUCUCAAGGAAUGAUCAUUCCUGCAGAAAGUGUUAAGGAUGAGGUAAACCACUGCCUUAGAUGUGCUCUUCUCUCUCUCCCCAGUGACUACAGUGUGGAGGUCUAGUUCUGAUAAGCUGCAAUACUGUAGGUGAGUUGGAUUCCACUGCUGGUAAGAAUGAGAGGAUAUAAUAGGAUAGAACAGCAUACAUACACAGAAAGUCACCAGGGGCAAGGGUCAGGCUCCAACCACAGAUUCAAAGGGUUAUGGUGGUAAAAUCAUUAAUAUUUGAGUGGUCUGGCUAGGAAGUUUAUCCUGAUUAAAGGAACAUUCCUUUCAACUAAAAGCUAACAAUCUGUGAUUGUUUCCAACUCCUCACUUCUGUCUAAGGUAAUACUGGUGUGCCACUCUUUUAGGCUCCACCAAGAGCCAUCUCUCCAUAUUGUCCUGUUAUUUACUGCUUGAUUCCUUCUCAGAAUAGUGGCAGUUAGCAAGGUACUUAAGGAGUCCGUUGGUUCCCAGGAAUGCAUAUCUGGUUUUCUUAACAUUGAAAUGAUUGUCCUGAAACAAUAUCGUCUCUGCAGUCACUUGGGAAAGAACCGGGGGAACAGAGGGGAAGAUGCUGGCUGAAUGCUCUCUCACUACGAUAAGCUACUAAAGCUUCUGUCUGACCUGUCCUAAAUUGCGCUUGUGUUGUUAUGCACUUGGAGUACCCAGUUUCUCUGACAGGAUCUCGGGUCAGGCUCUGAACCGCGAGGCGAGCGGGAAGGACCGGGGCUGCCACUCUGCUAUACUGCUCCCAUACGUCUCUCUUCUGUUUGAAAUUGCUACUCUGAUCCUUAGGCAUCUGUGGCAAUUUUCACUGCAGUCGUGGUUAGGGAGGCUGUGGGAAAGUACUUCUUGGGAAGAAGCAAUAGUAUGCAGUCCUCCACUCUAUGAACUGUCACUCUCUCCAGAGAAAAGGAAUUAGAAAUAGUAUUGUCCUCAAGAGCUAAGAAAACUUGCAGAUUUUCCAUGUACAGUAAACAGUUUCUGUAAUUACCAAGAAAACAAAACAGAGAGGCAGAAUUGUGCAGCAGGGGCAUCCCGUCUCACACACACUGCUGUGAUAAUGAAAUCCAAACCCUGUGGUAUUGCAGGCACAUUAUUCUCACUUGCUUUAAAGGUCAGCUAAGAAGCUAAUUUCUCAAAUGGGCUCAUAGCUCUGAGACAAUGUAACUAGUCAUUUCUUCCAACAAAUUGCAGUUGUCAGAGAAACUGGAUUAGUAGCUCAUGGACCUAAAAAUAGAUAAUAUACACUUGCCAGAAAAGGAUGAAUGCAAUAACAGAGGUGAAGGUAUAUCAAAAUAUCAUAACAUCUGGAGAAAAAAAAAAAAAAAAACAACAAAAAAAUGCUCAACUCAAAGCAAGUUACCAAUGAAAUCACAUUAAAAAUAAUCUGAGUCACCAACUGGAAGAAUGGCAGGGUUUAGCCUUGCUUCUGGUUUAUUCACCUUCCAGAUCCAGCUCGUUGUUGCUGCUUUAGCAGCUGAAUCAGUUUGUCCACAGUCCUUUCAAAGUCACGUACAUCAGGUUAGGCAGUGAAAGUCAUUAUGUUAAAGCCAUUAUUUGAAUACUGAAAAAAAAGAGACUUUAGCUUAACAUUUUUAUCUUCUUUGUGUGUGUGUGUGAGAUAAUUUAUUGCUAAACUUAUUCAUCUGAAAAAUAAAAACUAAACUCCCAAAGCCCAAAUCUAAUAACAGAGCUACAGUGAAAGCAACUUUCCAAACCUCAGCAUAUCUUUACUAAAAAGUGGAUAAUUAUUUUUCAUUGCAUCAAACAUUUGCAUUUUAAAGAAUUCUUUUUUAUGCUGUGAUUUUGCAAAUUUGUAUUGCUACUUGCCUGGACUUAAAAAAAACAAACCAAAAAAACCCACUUCUUUAUUUUUCAUUCUUUCAGUUACUUAGUUUCUGUAGCAGAGCAAUUCAGCUGUACUGUGUAUGACCCUGAAAGAGCAGCAGUCCACUGCAGACAGGGAGCCUCAGCCUGUCUGGUCAAGGUGAAAAGUUCUGGAAGGUUAGGUCUCACAUGAAGACAGGGCUGGCAGUAGUUGCAUGCAGUUUGUACUGACUUAAGUAAUUCCUUUUACUUCUGUAUUCGGAAGCAGACCUACGUAUAGCUCAGGAAUAACCUUCACCACUUCCUUUGGAAAUUCUUUCUGUAGCAUUUGUCUUUUCUGCACACCUUUUAUACAAUCUUUGCAUUGCAGAUCUGAGGCACUGACAGGUGUAGGGUAAAAAUAAUAACUUAUAUCAGCAAAUCAAAUCACUGUGAAAAAUAUUUGUAUUUAUAGUCAUUGUCUUUCAGAUAUCCUAUAAGCUGAAGUCCUUUUGCAAAUUCUGUUUUUGCAGAAGCCUUUGGUCAUCAUUUGAUUUUAGGUUUUAAUUAGUAUCAAUACCAUUUAUCUGGCAUUCACUGUAUACUGUUAUUAUUGCAGGGUUAAUGUUCAGUUGUGAAAUAGAAAUGUCAGGAUAAUCAGCAUCAGGAGUUAUAUGCAUACAUCUUCAGCAAGAGGCACAGUCAUCAUCAUCCUUUUAGUUGUUAAAACUCACUUACAUUAGAGUCCAGAGAUUAAUAACACAGGAUUUUUUCAGCUGAAUAUUGUAAGAGAACUAAUACUUUUUUUUCUGAACAUGGUGGUCUCCACUACUAGGACUGACUUUACAUUCCUUCUUGAUUUGAUUUUAACCUUUCCCAGUUUACUAAAAUUCUGCAGUUGCCCUUUGCAGGAUUCCAUAGUGUUUUGAAAAGGCUGUGUAUAGUCUGCUUGUGCAAUCCACUCACGCAACACAAAUGUUAAGCUGUUUGAGAUGACUAUCCUGGAGAGUCCAACCAAUGUUUCACAGCCGCAAAUAAUCCCUUUAUUCCUUUUACCACUUUGCUCUGCCCCUAUGGCCAACUUUAGAGGAGGAACUGAAUGCUAAAAAAUCUUCUGGAGGUAUAUAUUUGUGGGAUAAAUGCAUGAUUAGGAGAAACUUUUGAAAAACAAACUAGUGUUAUUGGCAUGAACUUCACAGCUUGAGCCCAUCAGGUCAUAGUUCAGUCUCUUCCCAAAGCCUUUGAGAACAAAUUGAACUUUGCAUGCAAUAUCUCUCCUGGAAGAACUAAUAACAAUUUUCCAGUUGUCUGUCACUGUGAUCCUGACUCUCCCAUCUAAUGGAAAACCCAUGAAAUUUGUGAAACCAUGAAUGGAAAAUCUCAUCCUUCUGAUACUUGUUUAAACCUUUCUUCCAGGAGCCUGCUGCAGCCCUGAAAUUGGUGAUUUAGCUGGCAAUUUUUUAAAGCCUAUCUUUAUUUCCUCUGCAGGUAACUCUAGAGGAUGAUUAAUCUUUGAUGCCUUAGAGUUGUAUCUUUCAACUUUUCCCUUUAAUUUCAGUGUUGCCAAAGUAAAAUCUGAGGGCUAAUUCCUGUCUAAGAUGGUCACAAACAGCUCCAAUAACAGGGCCAGACAUAUGUGAAGGUAAGUUGUAGGUGUGAGUAAAAAUCUUGGAUUGUUGUAGGAAGAUGGGUGUUCACCGGAGUUCACGAUGACACAGUUUUGGGAGUGGGAAUUUUUAGUAGGAGUUAUGAGCCACAUAUUGGUUGUCUGUUUCUUAAUGAGCGCAGAACAAAGGGAAGGAGCUGUUCAGUGCAGUGCAGUUUUAAUUUCAGCUUUAUGAAUGCUGAGAAUUGCUGCUUUUCUUGUUUCAAAUUUCUCUAUUUUGCAAGCUGGGUAAAAAUAUCUGGUACUCCUAAAAUGUUAAGAAUGACCACAUCAAAGUCUGCACUCUUGUCAAAAUGAACCAAUCUCCCCAGGUGCAAAUGCUUUUUGUGUAAUUCUGUAAUACUGUUUUAGUGUGUCCUAUAAAGCUUCUCUGAAGAGUCUUGUACAAGCAUUCUGCACUAACAAGAUUACAACCUUGCACUGCCAACGACGGAUGCUUACCAUUAAAAUAAUACUAGAUGCCAUUAAAUAAUACUAGAGCUCUGUAAGUGUUUAAAGCACUGUGAUGUUUGUGAACUGAAACAGUUUGUAUAAAAUUUCUUACAGAUACAAGGAUAAUCUAAUUAAUGACAAUAUUUCCAUUUUAGUAAUAUGCAGAGGAGGUAAGGUGGUGUCCCUGGACGCUUCUAUCAACAUAAUGGUUAAGAGAUUAAUUUUAGUACUAUGUAAAUCUGAACAUUAUUUUAAAACAUCCGCAUGCAGACUACUGGGAAGGGAUGUGGCAGGUUAGUUUUACUGUGAACUAGCAUGGACAGAAAAGCUCAGCAAAGUAUAUAAGCCAAGGUCUUCCCACAUUGAAACCAAGGGAUUAUUUGCGAAAUCGAGUCUGGUAACUUGUCCUAGCUCUUCAGCAAAGGAAUCCACCUGCCAGUAGAAGCAGAGUCCAUACAAACUAUCUCAUGCUGCAUUUCAGGUUUUUUUAUUGGGAUUCUUGUGGCAGUCUUAGUGGUCUGGAAGUUACAGUAAGUACCUCUGGUUGAAAAUUACUAUUUCAGUUAUGAUUGCUUCCCCAAACCAACUGAAUUUAUUACUAACCAAAGACUUAUCUACUUGAAAACAAACCAGUAAAGUUUGGUUCUGUCAUUUAUGUCUUUGACUGCAAGCAGUUGAAGUGCAUAAUAUAUGUACUAACCAGGCCUGUGUUGUGUCAUUGAGCAAGUUAUUCAAGGCCACAGCACCAGUAUAACACAGCAGAAUUCAGUAUUAAUCCCUCUACGGGAAAAUGAGUCUAUGUAAUCAAUUGAUGUGCCAUAUGUGUAGGCCAUGGGAAAAUUGUGUGCAGUGAACUACAUACGGUCUUAAAAGCUUUAACAUUUGUACUGCUCUUCCGGUAACAGAAUGUGUAUCUUGAUAGCUGUGACCCUAUGAGCUUCUGAAAAAAAGUCUAAAGUUUAUUCUUCUUGUUUCAAAAUCACUGUUCUGUGAGUUACUGUUUACACAGGCCUCUGUACAGUAAGGAGUCUUACUCCAUGUGUUGCUGGGAAAUGGACAAGUAGAUGCUGGCUGUAAAUCUUGUAGAGAGAUCAGUUAAUGCCUUUUCUGAAUCUCAUCCUGAUAAGCCACUUCUUUUUUCUAGCAAAUACAAACAGUGCCAAUAGCCUGGGCCUUCUUUAGAAGAAACAAUUUGUUAAAUGGCCUUGUUCUGUUCAGCUUCUUCAUUUUCUCUUUCUGCCUCCUUUUGAGUAGGCGUUGGUGAUAAGAUUCUUGCAAAGUGUAACUGAGGGCAAAGAGUUUGCUUUUUUUACCCUUUUUCCAAAGCCACUGAAGGCCUCAAACAAGAAGAAGAAACUUUACAAAACGCAUGCAGGCAUGUUGUUAGCAGAUAGCAGAAGGAUAAAACAGCCUUCUAAGAGUACUCCAAAUUGUCUUCUAAUGGCAUGCCUACACUGCAUUGUGACUUGCCAUCUUGCUUUCAUAGUGUGACCUGCUAUAAUGGUGUUUGUUACAAUGAGGUCCUUUUAGUUUGUCCUGAAAGAUUUUACUUGUUUGUCACCAUAUUAGAAAAAUAAGGUACACUCUAUAAGAAAAGCAAUAUACAAUAUACUAUAUACAUCUUCUAUUUCAAUGCCUCUAGUUUUAGGCUAGUAUUCAUAUAAAUGUUUAUAAUCAAAAUAGGUUUUAUUGUUCUUCACCAGGACCAGGCAAAGAAGCUUUGCCUUGUCUGAAUACUAACAGUUGUCUAAAUACUAACAGUAACAUUUCUAUUCAAACUCUUUCCUCAUGCUUCUAGUUAACUUGUGGUGGGCUCCAUCCUACUCUAAUUCCACAUUAAUGCAUUUGAAAGGGAAGAGUAAUGAGCUAUUUCAGUGCGUGACCUUUGCACAGUACCUGAUUCAUAGAGAUAAAUAGAUCCAAAAUCUCAUUUGUAAGUUAUUAGUGAUCAGCAAAACAACAAAACGCCUUUGAAGUUCAGCUGAGUAAGUUCUGAAGAUCUUGCACUACUUACUCAGUUUCACAAAGUUUCUUGAGUCAUUGUAACAGAUAUUUGAUGAAGGCUUUGCCAUAGACACUGGCAUCAGUCUUCAUAAAAUAUUGUUCUAAUUUCUGCUUCCCAUUUUGUCUGGAAGUCUACUGUAAUGGAGAAAUUAUCUAGAUUUAAAAAAAAAUAAUUAUACAGGUUUCCUUCAAGACAGUUCUCACUUUACUUAACCUAGUCCUCUUGUAGGUAGCUCACAUGAAUUAAUUUUUGUCAUAUUAGUAACACAAUAUCCAGGAAAAAAAACUUUCUCCAGAGAAACUCCACUGAAAAACAUUUUAUUCCUGAUUGUGUACAGGAUACCUCUAUUUCAGAGCUAUAUCCCUGAAGAGGUUAUCAAAGAAGACAGAAUACUAAGACAAAUCCAGAAAUCUGACAGACAGGAAAUGUGUGUAUUUGUUUAAAAAAAGUGUUGCAGUAGGGAAGUUAUUAAGAUCUUAUUUUUUCAUUAAACUUUGCUGAUGCACAUAACAGUUGCUCACAAAAUACUUAUUUCGUCCCUCACAUUUUUUCAUUUGAAGCCGAUGUAGCUUCAAAGUAAAAAAUAGUUCCCUGGUUACUUUGUCUAAAUUACUUAGUACAAGCAGUCCAGCUGCCAAGUCCAUCCAGACUGACUUUCAUUGUCGCAAAUGUAGCUAAUUCACUGGAGGUCAUUGACAGAGCUUGGUUUUCUAAGCACUGCAAUAACAUGUUAUGAAAUGUACCGGUUCAGUUACACUGCCGGGUGCUCAAUAUACCAACCAGACUAUUAUUCUCCCAGCGUUCAAAAAUGCAAAAAAUGAAUUUAAGUCCAUGUCUUUGCAGUCAAGUUCUCGCAAUGUAGAGACUGCACCUGGUAGUAUGUUGCGGACUUGCUUUCCCAUGCAAGAGAGUAGCUGAUUUAUCUCUUCAGUGAUACCUUUUUUUGUCUGUUUGUCUGGAAUUUUUUGACAUGUCUUCAACCACGUCAAUAGCUUCAAUUGGGCUGCCUGAUGUCUGGAAAUCAUGGAUAAAAGGCCACACUAAGCAUGUGCAGAACAAUUCUGUAUCUCAGGUGAGAAGAGUUUAGUAUGGAUACGUUGGGUUUACUGCUAGGGGCAGACCAACUUUGCAAGUGCACUGGACUCAUCUCAUGCUGUAGAGUUGAUGUAUAUAGGCACAACGCAUGUUGACAUAUUGCUUGGCUAGCGCAGACACAUGGUCAUGCAUUUCAGUCUAGCAAAUCCUGAGGCAAAACAUGGAAGUUGCAGCAUUUGGAAUUUCAGAUGUUGGCAGGUGUAAAUGAUUUGUACCACUUACUCUCUCGUGUCAUGUAAAGUAUCUGGAACAGUAAGAAAAGAAGAAAAGAAAAAAGAAAAAAAAAAAGGAAGAGAAAUGAGGGGGAUUGUGAGGUAGAGCUCAUAUAUCAAACUUCAUGUUCUCUUAAAUCUCCUUCUUUGCCAUCGUCACAUGUGGAACUAACAUCAUUCAAAUACAGUGGUCAGCGCUGAUCAUCCAUCUCAUAGGAGUUGUAUCUGAGUUUCCAUAGGUAAAUUUUGUACUGAGUAGCUAUAAUACUGCCAUGGGGCCGGAGGUGACUGUCCUUUUUAAUAACCAUUGUUUAAAGUUUUGCUGCUGAAAUGGUCGAUACCCAAAUACACUGCUGGGACUUGGCAAGUAGGGUUCACUUUCCAGCAAGGUUUUGUGGUAAGAACUUGUUGUGAAUUGGGACUGAUCUGGGGCAGUCCUAAGUUGUCACAAGUAAAGCAGGUUGUUGCAGCACAGUUAAAACCUUGGUCAGUAGUGCCGUGCCAGAAACCCUGUGUUCUAAACCAUUGCAGGCUUCCUACCUCCUGAUAAUCCCUGCAAAGCAAAACCAUGUGACUCAUAUUAUACCAAAUAGGAGUCCUUGUUUGGGUUAAAAGUCUGCAAAGAGCAUUGAAACCAUAUCCUACACUCCUUGCUGUACAAAAAACAUCAGUGGUCUGAUUCUGCAAAAUGUUACGUUCGCUGGGUAAUGCUCAGUCUGUAAACAGAACCAUAAUCUGGCACGUUAGUGUGUAAUACAUUCUAUGUAGGAGCAAGACAGCACGUUCCCCUGACCUAUUUGGGUUUAAAGCUGAGUUACAUGGGCCAUUUAGGCUGCAGUCCAGCAUGUGCUCAGGAGAACAGGUAACUUAAAGGAUGCAGGAGCCUCGUGCAAAGUGUGCUUUGGCCAGGCUGCCUGCAAAGUUGUGAGCAAGGGUGGCGGUACUGCAGCCAUACCUCAUCGGGUAGUUGUAGAUGGGAGUCUCAUACCCAGUAUCUAAUGCAGCGUUUCAGAUAUCUAAGGACUUAUUUUUUCCAUACAUUCUACACAUGUUCCUACAUAUUUUAUGAAUCAGGUCUGUGAUCAAUGUCUUGAACAAUUUGUUUGCUGUGGUUUCAUGGGGUUAUGAUCUCUUUGGUUUGCAAUGUAAAUAAUAUUGUACAUCUGCUAUUUUAUGAUACAAAUGCCAUGUGAAUUGCUUAUUUUUAAAAUGUUAUAGCUCUGUUAUGGUUUAUUUACAAUGCCAUCUUACAGUAUUGGUUUAAUAUACAAUGUAUCUGUAUGGCAUGAAUUAAAUUGCUUAUAUUUUACUAUGUCACAUAUUUUAUUUUUGUUUUCUAAAAUGACUACAUUUCAUCCUAUGCAGUUUCAUAAAUGUUUCUUCAGUGGCUCAUUAUGUCUGGAAAUAUUGCUUCCUCUCCAGUAGUGCAGGCAUAAGAACCAGUAUUCCUGAUCAAAAUCAUCAGAUAUAUCAUCUAGCAAUUUCACAUUAGAAAUAUGUGUACAAAUAUGUAAGCAUUUAUAGUUAAUCAGAACAUCUACUAUAUCUUUCCUGCUAUUCAUGUAAUGAUAAAUUUUAAUCAUUUUGUAUACUUUUUAUUUCUAAUUAUUUGUGAGCCAUACACAGUGUAAAUAACAUGUUUCAGUAUGCAAGAUUUCUAGGUAUUCAAGGUUACAAAGAAGUUGAAUUUGUAUUGAAUUGAAAAGAAAUUGACGGUAGAUUGGAAUGACAUAAAAUAAAGUAGUGAUGACUAUGUUCUAUUUA